AUGGCAUCCGCCAAACCAAAUACCAAGGCCGAGAAGGCCAAGCUGAGCGACGAACAGUUCCUCCUAACCCUUCUCGAUAACUUGAAGGUCGAUCACGGGGCUGCCUCUAAGGCGCUCGGCAUAACGAAGGCCGCAUGUCGGAUGCGAUUUAUCCGGCUGCAGCAAAAGCACGGGUUCAAACCCAAGGGGAAGGGGUCCCCACGCCGCAAGCAGGCACCAGCUCCUAUUGAGAAGGAGGCGAACGACAAUGAAGCCACCGAGAAUGACGCCAGCAAGGACUAA